AUGCAAUCAACUACUUACGCCGCUCAAAAGAACUCCUCUGAAAAGAAAGAUAACUACAUUGUUAAGGGCUGGUUCUGGGAUCCAGAAUGUGUUAUUGUUUAA